AUGACAGAAUCAAAAAAUAUUGAUAGAGAAUGGAGACCACCCGGCGAGAACGAUAAAAGGUCACCGUGCCCCGGUUUAAAUAUUUUAGCGAACCAUGGAUACUUACCACGUGAUGGUAAAAAUUAUACAACUGAACAAAUGCGUGACGCAAUGGAACAUUUUAACGUGUCAAAAGGACUCGCUUAUGUACUAGCAAAAGGCUCGAUUCUAUUGCUUGGUGAGAAUGGGAAAUUAUCAUUAGACCAACUCAAUACCCACAACGUAAUAGAACACGACGCGUCACUCUCACGAAAAGACGCCAGUCUCGGCGACAACUCAAAAGUCGACCAAAAACUAGUUGACCAAAUCGUAUCCUUACAUGUUAACGAAAAAAUCAAUGAAGAAUCAUUGGCAAAAGCACGAAAUAUUCGUGAAAGUCAAUCUCUGAAAGAAAACAAGGAUUUCACAUUCGGAUUAACACAGAGAAUGCUGUCGUUUGGCGAAUCGGCGAUUUUUCUUCUGACGUUUGGUAGCGAUAAAAAAGAAAUUAGUGUAGAUGAUUUGAGAUGUAUUCUUGGUGAAGAGAAGCUUCCAAAGAAUUGGAAGCCGAGCGAGAAGAGAAUCACGCUUUGGAGUGUGAUUAGAUUGGCGGGAGAGAUUCGGAAGAAGGCAGAAGCGUUUAGAUCGAACUUGUAA